UCACAUGUGUUGUCGUGCUUGUUGCCUUGAACAGUAACGUUAAAGUCUUGAUGAAUGCCUGAAAUCUAACGAAUUUUCCGCAUCAUAUCUUUGUGUAGGGUACAUUUUCGAUUUAUCUUAGUCACCUGCAAUGAAAAUUAAACGGCAAAAACACGCGAAGAAAAUUAUCAGUUUUUAUAAAUAUAACUUUAAUUUUAGGGAACCUUUUCAAAUACUGCUCGAUGGAACCUUUUGUCAAGCUGCAUUGAAGAACAAAAUUCAGAUUAAAGAACAGAUGCCGAAAUACUUGAUGGGUGAGGUGCAGCUGUGUACCACGAAUUGCGUUCUGAAGGAACUUGAGUCGCUGGGGAAGGAACUUUACGGAGCCAAAAUCAUCUUGCAGCGCUUUCAGAUUCGGAACUGUGCACACUUCAAAAAUCCCGUCUCGGCUGCAGAGUGUCUGCAGUCAAUGCUAGAAACGACCAAUCCACACCAUUACUUUAUUGCAUCCCAGGACCAGGACCUGACCACAGCGGUAAAGAAAAUCCCUGGAGUUCCUCUUCUGUAUAUUAUAUUGAACACCAUCGUGUUGGAUAAGCCUUCCCCGCGCUCGGUGAGCCACGUUCAAGCAGUGCAGGCAGGCGAGCUGGUGACGCCGGAGCAGCAGCAGAGCAUAUGCAAACUUAAGCAGGAGCAAGGAAUCGCCAGGGACGGAGCUGAGCGCCGCGGCAAGAAACGCAAAAGGAAAUCCGGGAAUCCCAACCCUCUGAGCUGCCUAAAGAAGAAAAAGAAACCAGCCGGGCACCCACCAAAGACGACAGAUGGCGAAAAAAGAAAACGGAGCAGACACAAGAGACGCAAAACGGGUGGAGGGGAGGGUCCGCCCUUGCAGCCCUCAGAGUCAAAAUCAGCUGGGGAGUGACUUGUUUAAGGGGGACAACUUUUCCUUUUGCAUGUCGGACUGACGAAGAAAAUGAGAAGUCGCAUGUUCCAACGUCGUGAAAGAAGCUGUGUGAAUUCAUCCAAAAACAGCUGAUCAAGUGUUUUGAAGUCAUGUACCGGCGAAACAAAGUUUUGAGAUCUAUCUUAAAUGUAUGGAAAUGGAUCGAAAGUUGUCCUUGAUUACGUUCUCCAUUAUUACUGCUCCUGUAUUUUGCAAUGUUUUCUUUCAGCACAAUGAGUCAGAAAAUAGUAACAUCUUUGAGGCCUAAAUCCUACAUUAACAACAGUAGCCAGUAUCCACAUCACUUUGGAGGUGACCUCAGUUGAUAAAAUUUAAGAUGUUUUAGUCUCUGAAAACCUUACAUUUUUCCAAGUGAGUUGGGUGUUUUGUGCAAACCAAAAGCAAAUCAAAUUCUAACUGGUUUCAUUGUUCUUUUGUAUAACAUUUUGUUAAAUGACAGCUACUUAAACAACAGCUUCAGAAACCACCUUUGUCCUAAUUAACGUUAAGAAGGGAUGAAAAAUUCUUCCGGGUCUCACAGCACAUCUUCACUGAUGUUCAGCAGCAAGCUACACAUUUUUUGGAAUCAACCUAGAUAUAAAAAGGUUUAUAUUUCAGAAUUCCAUCUUUUAGGUAGUAUAAUCCAGACUCUGAAAAAUCUUCUCCCCGUGUGAGCCAAAAUCCCAUAAUUGCAUGCGAUAACACUUUGUAAUGCACAUGCAACUGUAUGCUCAAAUCAAAGUUUGCAUACAGUUUGCAUUCAAUCCCAGCCAUGUCAUCAGCAAACAGAAACAAG